AUGGCGAAUGUCACUAUCCCCAUGAAUGCCUCUGCGAUGUUCGACCUCCCGCCCCUCCCGUCAUAUACCCUUUCACCGGUCCCGCCGGUCAUCUCGUUCAUCCCCGACUUCUACCUCUCCCUCAUCCUACCGAUUGCGGCAUACUGGAUCCUGUCGAUGAUCUUCCACUGUAUCGAUGUAUACGACAUCUGGCCACAGUAUCGUUUGCACACUCCUGCCGAGAUCCUGAAGAGAAAUCGCGUGUCCCGAUAUGAGGUAGCACGCGAUGUCGUUAUUCAACAGAUAAUCCAGACAAUUGUGGGUGCGAUACUAGGACUCAUGGAUCCGGAAGCAGUCGCUGGAAGAGAAGAAUAUGAUAUUGCGCGCUGGGCGACCAGACUGCGCCUUGCACAGCGAGCUCUGCCGAAGCUCCUGGCUCUGGUCGGUUUGAACGCCGCAGCAAUCUCGAAGAAUCUCUCUCUCGCUCACCCGAUGGUCGCCGGCGUGCUUGCAGGUGGAAAGUAUCCCUUGGCUGUGGGAUUGGAUGUCGCCAGUGGAGAGGCUAUCCCCGCCUUUGCGAGCUGGGAAAUAUUUGCUGCCAAGGCAAUGUAUUGGUAUAUUGUGCCUGCCGUGCAGUUUGGGUUUGCAGUCAUGUUUGUUGAUACAUGGCAAUAUUUCCUACACCGGGCUAUGCAUAUGCAGAGUUGGCUAUACACAACCUUCCACUCCCGCCACCAUCGACUAUAUGUGCCCUACGCCUUCGGCGCGCUCUACAAUCAUCCCUUCGAAGGAUUCCUCCUCGACACCCUUGGCGCCGGCAUAGCCUAUGCGCUUACGGGGAUGACAGCACGCCAGGGAAUGGUCUUUUUCACGGCCUCAACUAUCAAGACUGUAGAUGACCACUGCGGGUAUGCGCUACCCUGGGAUCCACUACAGCAUAUUACAAGCAAUAACGCUGGUUACCACGACAUCCAUCACCAGAGCUGGGGUAUCAAGACGAAUUUCUCACAACCCUUCUUCACAUUCUGGGACCGAUUCCUAGGCACAGUUUGGGUUGGAGAUACAUCUGCGAAAUACGAGAGAUCGAGAACGGCCGCGCAGGUCCAAGUCGAUGCUGAGAAGAAGACGACGAAAACAAAGUAA